AAUGUGCCACUGCAGUUGUACCUCCAACUAAAUGAUUGCACAGAAAAACUAGAUGUGCGCUUCGGUUAUGAUCUGUGCCGAGAAGAGCAAGAAUUCUUGCAAAAAAGGAAGAGAGUGGUUGCCAGUGCCCUAAAAAGGGUUCUUCAUCUGGAAAGAGAUCUACAUGGACACGAGGUCCCAGUAAUAGCUGUUAUGGCAACGGGCGGAGGCCUCAGAGCAAUGUCAGCUAUGUUUGGCCACCUCUUAGCUCUUCAGAAGCUAAAUCUGUUGGACUGUGUUACCUAUGUCACCGGGGCUUCUGGCUCGACAUGGACCCUAGCAGACCUGUAUGAGCAUGCCGACUGGUCACAGAAGAGUCUGGAGGGGCCGCUUAAGGCAGUAAAAGAACAAGUGACAAAAUGCAAGCUCAACCUUAUGUCUAUAGACCAUCUGAAGUAUUAUCACAAGGAACUCGCUGAAAGGGCAAAAGCAGGACACGUGUCAUCCUUUACAACUCUGUGGUCACUUGUUCAGGAAAUGUUCUUACAUGAACAGCCAAGAAAGUACAAACUCACAGACCAGCGCAAGGCAUUGGAGCAUGGACAAAACCCAUUGCCUUUCUAUGCAGUCCUCAAUGUGAAAGAGGAAAAGUUCAGUACUUUCAAAUUUAGGGAGUGGGCAGAGUUCUCUCCUUAUGAGGUGGCCAUACCAAAGUACGGAGCCUCCAUUCGUUCAGAAUAUUUUGACAGUGAGUUCUUCAUGGGAAGGCGGGUGAAGAAGCUGCCAGAAUCUCGGAUCUGCUAUCUGGAAGGUCUUUGGACAAACAUCUUUACCAGGAAUUUGCUGGAUGGGUUGUAUUGGUCCUCAAAUUCAAAUGAAUUCUGGGAACGGUGGGCCAAAGAUAUGGUAGAUAUAGAAAAACAUUCCCCUGAGGAUGAUGUCACUGUCAUCGAACCUCCGUCUUGUUUGUCAGGGAAGUUGUAUGAAAUGUUUCAGGACAUUAUGACCAAGCGUCCACUACUGGGAAAGUCUCAUAACUUCCUGAGAGGCUUAGAAUUUCAUAAGGAUUAUAUCCAUCAGAAAAAAUUUAUUGACUGGAAAGACACCGUGCUGGACUGUUUCCCUAACAAUCUGACACCGCUGCAGAAAUAUCUUUGCCUGAUAGAUGUUGGCUAUUUCAUCAACACCAGUGGUGCAGCACUUUUCAAGCCAGAGAGGAAUGUAGAUGUCAUUAUCUCACUCGAUUAUGGUCUGGGGAAUGUGUUCAAGCAAUUAGAAAUGACAUACAAAUAUUGCAAGAUACAAAAAAUCCCUUUCCCCAAAGUGGAGCUCAGUAAAGAAGAAGAGAAGAACCCGAAGGAAUGUUACGUGUUUUCAGAUGCAGAGGACCCCAGAGCACCCAUAGUAAUCCAUUUUCCCCUGGUGAAUGACACCUUUAAGGAAUUCAAGGAACCUGGUGUAAAGCGUGGUCUCUCAGAGAUGGAAGAAGGCAAAGUGAAUCUGGAGAACAGCUGCUCACCCUAUUACCUCAUUAGGCUAAUCUACUCCUCUGAAAAUUUUGACAAACUUGUGAACCUCAGCAAAUACAACAUCCUCAAUAACAAAGACCUGCUCCUCCAGGCAAUCCGGAGUGCCGUAGAAAGGAGGAGAACUGGCAGGAUGGGGAAUCUCCCUGGCCACUCUGGAGCUGGAUACCCCUAG